UUGUUCUGUGGCGCGGCCGUUUCCGGUUGCGAGACUGAAGGGUGCUGAGGAGGCAGCGGCGCCGACCGGGAAGGUUUCCGAAGGGAGUCGCCAUGGCUGCGGCAGUUCGGCAAGCGGCAGUGUUCCUCUCCCUGUGGGCCCUUUGCGUCCUGGGCAAGCCCACGGAGAAGAAGGACCGUGUCCACCACGACCCUGAAUUGAGUGACAAGGUCCACGACGACGCACAGAGUUUUGACUAUGACCACGAUGCCUUCCUGGGCGCAGAGGAGGCAAAGACCUUUGACCAGCUGACGCCAGAAGAAAGCAAGGAGAGACUGGGAAUGAUGGUAGAUAAGAUAGACACGGAUAAGGAUGGGUUUGUGACCGAGGGAGAGCUGAAGGCCUGGAUCAAGAAGGCGCAGAAGAAGUACGUGUAUGACAAUGUGGCGCGCCAGUGGCAGGAGUUUGACACGGACCGGGAUGGCCUCAUCUCCUGGGAUGAGUACAGGAACGUGACCUAUGGCACUUACCUGGACGACCCCGACCCCGACGACGGAUUUAACUACAAACAGAUGAUGACAAGAGACGAGCGGAGGUUCAAAAUGGCCGACAGGGACGGUGAUCUGAUUGCCACCAAAGAAGAAUUCACAGCCUUCCUGCAUCCCGAAGAAUACGACUACAUGAAAGAUAUUGUCGUGCAGGAAACUAUGGAAGACAUUGAUAAGAAUGGAGAUGGCUUAAUUGACUUGGAAGAAUACAUAGGUGACAUGUACAGCCACGACGGCGACGCCGAAGAGCCCGAGUGGGUGAAGACGGAGCGGGAGCAGUUUGUCGAGUUCCGGGACAAGAACCGCGACGGGAAGAUGGACAAGGAGGAGACCAAAGACUGGAUCUUGCCCUCGGACUACGACCACGCCGAGGCGGAAGCACGGCACCUGGUUUACGAGUCGGAUCAGGACAAGGACGGCAGACUCACCAAAGAAGAAAUCGUGGACAAGUACGACUUGUUUGUGGGCAGCCAGGCCACGGACUUCGGGGAGGCCUUGGUACGACACGACGAGUUCUGAGCCCCAGCGGGGGGAGACCUCCUUUCGUCACGAAAGAAGGGGGUGGAGAAGUAAUUUAUUUUUUGACGGUUUCCGGAGUAACACGAGAAACUCUCACUACUGAGACUGGCAGUUUCAGGCAACAACGCGGAAAAACAAGAACAACAACAAAGAGAAUCCAUCCCAUCGGCCCUUUACCAGCUUCCCCGGGAUCGGUAUUCAGAGUUCUGUUUUGGUGGCGAUGCUCGGAGGGUGUGUGGUGUUUUUUAAAAAAAGAUUUGUGUUUUGUUUUUACAUCUAACAAGUUCUGUUUAUUUUUGUAUUAAUUUUUUUUGGGGGGUCCCGCGUGAGAUGAAUAAAGCAGUCCCCCAAAUCGCACCCGUUUCCCCCCCCCAUCCAACCCGUUUCCCCCCUUUUCAGUGUUGUGUGUUUAGUGAUCUCCUACGAUAGGUAAAAUGCCAGAGAACAAGGAAGGCUGAGGGGAACGACACACAAACGUAGCAGCCUCUGUCUGAUGAUUUUUUUAAGGGGGUGGGAAAUUUAGUUCUGAUAAGAGCUGUCCUUG